AUGUCUCAAUUUAAUAACAGCAUCGGUCUCUUCAAUCAAUCCGACAGUACCUCUCUCCUAGAAACCGUCACUCGUUUCUACAAUGACAAGAUCAUUCAUGAUCAUUAUUGGCACCACUAUUUAGAUGAUCAUUAUUAUUCGGUUUCGUUCAUUGUCGGAAUGAUUAUUUUAGCCUUGUUUGUGUGUGUCAUGCUUCCAUUGAAAACCUUCUCAGUGCUCUAUUAUUGCAUGAUGGGACGUCGAAGAAUUUUCAAAUCGACGGCUCAUGAUCGACGACAGGAGGCAUCCUCUUCGACCAAUGCUUUGCAAGAGGAGUCUUCUCAAGAACGAGAAAAUUUGAGAACAUGUCAUUCUUCUUCAACUCGGUCCAUGAAAGAUACAUGUUUGAAUGUGACAAAAUUCAUGUGUUUGGAAGUGUGUGCUGGAUGGGUUCCUUCCUUUCUCAUUUGUAUCUUGUUGUGUUUGUUGAUAUUAUUUGCAUCGACCUUUUCAAAGAUUCAUUUUGCUGGUGCUGCCAUGUUAAUGAGUUUGGUCAUGUUGUUUUGGUUGGUUCAUUCAGUCAUGUUGGAUGGAGGCGUGUUUAUGGCAGGUCUGUUUCGAACUGUGAAAAAGGUCAAAGCUCAUUACCAUUUAAGGAAAAGACAAAAUGUGAAUGCUCAAAAAAUAGAUGCCACUUCUACUGCUUUGGAAAUGGAUGAAAAGAAUGGAGGAGUUUCAUCGGAUUUGAAUCAUAGCCAUGAUGCUUCAAAAAAUCAUCAAAUGGAAACUUCAAAUUCUUCAUCGUCACAACAAUCAAAUUCUGACAACAAAGGAAUUGCAACUGUGUUCGUUGAGGAAUUGGGUCGAACCUAUUUUGAGUCCUUGUCCUCACCAAUUGUAAAGAAACAUCCCAUAGUGAUCGGUCUCUUGGUGUUUCUAUUAUUUUGUUUGACAUUUGGCAUUUUCAUUGUCACAACUGUUGUUUCUUCAGAUUUUUGUGUGGCCUAUGAUCCUAUUGAAGUUUCUACCUUUAUCACACGAAAGAAUGACAAUGAAAUUUGUAGAGAGGGAAUUUGUUUCACAUACAUGACCAUUUCGAGAGAUAUUUCCACACAAAUGAUUGUAAAUUUCCAAGUAGUUGCCACUCGUCUCGACGAUGCCUACGUUUAUUACGGAACAUUUAAUCCUCAAUUAGAUUUCCAAUUUAAUUCAAAUACUUCAAGCAAAGUUCAAGCAAGUUGCUUCAAACUAGAUAAGGUCAUCAAUGAGAUCUCUCGAUAUCAAUGUUAUGCCAAUAUACUCAAUUUAACUCCAUCCUCUUCGUAUUAUAUGAAAAGUGCAGCUGUUGGAGUUCCAAAUUAUUCCUCUUCUCAAGCAUCAUUGAUGGAAGAUCCUAUGGUGUAUAAAUUCAGAACAGCUCCGAGUGCAUCCUCGAAUUCAGAUCGAGUUGUAUCUUUUGUGAAUGGUGGAGAUUUUGCUUGGAAAGAAGCAACAUUUCAAUUGGCCUCUGUGCUGACAAAUUUGGGAAGUAAUGUGACAACGUGUCCUUAUUUUGCAAUGGUUGGAGGCGAUAUUUCAUAUGAAAAUGGAUGUCCUUAUUGUUAUCCUCGAUGGGAUCGAUGGUUCAAGUAUUGGGCCAAGUAUAUGGUUGUGAAAAUUGAUUAUUCUUCAUCGAUUUCACACACGUAUACAUUACCUAUUGCGACCGCUGUUGGAAAUCAUGAAGCUGGAAAUUUCAAACGUUCUUCUCGUGUAACAAACGCCUACUACAUUCGACUAUUUCCACACGAAAUUGAAACUACGACAGCUCCUGUUCCCUUAAUCGUUGCGGAUCCACAAAAUUCAAGAGCUCUUCAAUAUAUCCAUUAUCUUUCCAAUCACACUGUCGUGAUGGUUUUAGAUUCAUGGGUUCAUGAUUCUCCAGCUCAACAGGUGGAUUUCAUUGUUGGGUUUUUCUCAAAUUUAACAAAGAACAAUGAUAAGGUGUACAAGAAUCGAAUUGUAGUCAUUCAUGAAUGCAUGUACACAUCGGCCAAGACCAAGAGUUCCAUUACAUUGGAAAUGAGAGACAAGUGGGAACAUUUAUUUUUAAAGUAUAAUGUGACACUUGUUUUGGAAAAUCAUGUUCAUACUUAUAAACAGACGUAUCCAUUACGUUUUGGAAAAGUUAUGGAUGCAACUGCGAAUCCACUUGGCUCCAAAGAUGGAGCUCUCAAUGAUUACAGUUAUGAAAGAAAUAUUUAUGGAACUAAUGGAGGUGUUAUACUGAAAGAAGAUGAAAAAGCCAUUAUUUAUGCUGGUGAUGGAAGUUGGGGUGCUCAUUAUUAUGGCGACGUUAUUGAUUGGGGUAAUCCAAUAUUUAGACAAAUUGGCAUUAUUACACAUUUUUAUCAUGUAAUGACAUUUGACAGACCGGACGGUACCUCAGUCAUUCAAACAGUUGCCUAUGGUUAUGAUGAAACCACUGGAAAUGGUGUGAAAAUUCAAGGAAGUGGACUUACCAUAACCACCAAGUAA